AUGGAAAGGAAAGCACAUUUUGAAGACGAGGAUGCUGUUGAUGUUGAACCAAUCCCGAGAAUAAAAUCAAAAAAUUAUUCGAACAUUAAUUUAAAUAAAAAUGAGGAUGAGGAUUUUUUUGAAGAUUAUGAUGACGAUGAUGAUUGGACUAUAGUGACUGUUCAACUUAAAAAGAAAAAAGGGAGAAAAAAGGGAAAGCCGAAAAAAACAAUAGAAGAGUUGAGGAAUACUAAUAAAGAGAAGAUGGAAGAGGAGGGGAAAAUUGAGGAUGUUUUUGGGAGAAAAUUGUCAGAAAUUGAAGAAAAUGAAGUUAAUAAAGAAGGAAAAAUUAAAGUUACUGAAGGGAAGGAAACGAAAAAAUAUAUUGAAGAAGAGAAAGUCAGGAAAAAAAUUUUAAAUAAAGGGAAGAUGAAGGAUGAAAGAUAUAAGGAGAAAAUUAAAGAUAUCCCUGAAUUGCCACUUCUAAAAAGUAUUCUGCCUUGGAUACCACACACAUUGAGGAAACAUAAACAAGAAAAGAAAACAAAAGAAAUAAAGCCAACAACAACUACAACAACUAGUACAACAACAACUACCACAACCACUACAACCACAACUACAACAACGAUGGAGAUAAUAAAUGAAGAAGAGUUGGCUCUCAAUUUACAGACUGAUUCUCUUUAUAGAAAUGAAUCCAUCCUUAGGGAUUUAUUAAAAAAUGAGGUUAUUGGAGGUGGUAAUAUUACUAAAUGUUAA